GUCCAUUUUGUUUUUAAAACCAUUCGUAUUAUUCAUAUACUAUGUCUGAUGCCGAUGUAAAAACCGGAUCGGGCGGCAGCAUGAAUUUGCUCACCUUGGCUAUUCCGGAUUUUAUGGCACACAAGCCCAGCGUCUGGUUUGCCAUUUUUGAGAUAGAGUUAGAGAACAGAGGGAUCUCUGCCGACCAAGCUAAAUACAACCAACUCGUCCCACGCCUUCCGCAACAGGUGGUGACACUGGUUGAAGACGUACUGCUUCAUCCACCGAAAGACGGUAAAUACGAAGCAAUGAAGCAGUUGAUCCUAAAGGAGUCGCAACCCAGCGCUCGUGCUCGAUUGGAGCAACUCAUUCAUAGCACUAAGCUAGGCGAUCGCAAGCCUUCAGUUUUGCUCCGCGAUAUUCAGCAGAUAGCUGGCCCGUCGUACAUGAGUGAAGAAGCAUUAAAAGAACUGUGGC